AUGUCUCACGGCUUCUCGAGCAUCAAUGGCCAGGGUAUAGUUCCUGCAUUCCCUGGUCUAUCAGCUCAAAGUAUUCCUGAAAACCCGGAUGUUCAAAGAGAAACCCUACGCUUGCUACUACAAUAUUCUGCGGGUUCUUCUCUGCCAAAGAAAAAAACAAGUCUUGCCAUUUCUGGCCAUACCAAGCUUGACGAGGUCGAAAAUAAGACGAGAGAUGCUCAGUCAUGGCAGGCUCCACGAACUGAGGCCCUGCGCCCUGAGGUGUCUCUACAAAUAUCAUCUCCACCCCCUCCUUCCCCAUGUGGCAGUCAGAUCACUCGACUUUCUACCCCUUCCCAAUCUGUCGCUCCUUUCUCUGGCAAUCAAGUUCGGGUUUCCCCUCGCGCUACUCCUCGUCCUCCCUCCCGCGCUUCUUCUCGACUCAAAUCCCCUCAAUCUGUUGUUUCUGUUUCUUCUCCCCACGGUAUCUCUCCCAGUCAUCAUGAUCGUCAACGGACUCUCAGGGAGAGUGUGGCAAUAUCAAAUGCGAGUAGGAAUGAUGAAUUAGCCGCUCCUUUGGCAAAACAAACUUUCUCUGUACCAUCAAACAUCAUGUCCUCUGGCCCUGUAUCUUCUCGAUCCUCGCGGUCAAUCUCGCCGACCGUUGAACAGAAUUUUAUUCGUCGCUCUAAUCGAAAUAGAGCACAGCCGGUCAACUAUUAUGCCGAUCCUUGGGGCAGAGCGCGCCUUGAAUCUGAGGAACUUGACACGAAUGUUGAAGCCACUCAGGACUCAAACGCAUUUCUGCCACAGGAGCCAUGUCGUGUCCAGCCUCGUCGUGCCAAUGUCCAUAAACUCCUCUAUAGCCGUGAGCUUGGAGUCGGAAAUAAUCGGCCCAUUGUCAGCGACGUGAUUUCAGAUCUGAGACCAUGGAAGUCAUGGCAAGGCGCUUCAGGCGACCUACUCGUUCUGGCCUGGUCGCCUGAUGGCACCCAGUUUGCAGCAGGCGCCGCAGCUAAAUCCGACGAGCACAAUAUGAUGUACAACAAACCCAACAAUCUCCUAUUAGGCGAUCUUCAGAGCAAUGUCCUGAAGGAAAUACCGGACCAUUGGAUUGAGAGGCCGGCAUCGUCAACUGUUGAUGAUCCCCGACUUUUCAUGACUGUCAAUAAUAUGCAGUGGAUUGACAACCGACUUUACACUGCUAGUUUCGACAAGACCGUCAAAAUUUGGGAGGUUGAUUCCAUUAGCAAUAUAUCGUGUACUCAUACUUUGCAGCAUGAGUCCCGAGUGGCAACGAUGUCUGUCUCGGGGUUUGAUCCCAGUAUAUUGGCCACGGGAACAGAAUCAAUAUUGGUCUGGGAUACCCGAAAUCCAGAGGAUCCGACAUCGACCCUCCUUCCUCUUGACCGCGAUGCACGAUAUAAACCCAAUAUUGGGUUUUCAUCGACGGCCUUAGCCUGGGGACAUGCUCCGUCAACGAAGGAAUUUCUAGCCGGAGGUCUUGCUGAGCUAGGGGAGGAUCCAAUAUACAAAGGUCACCUAGGCAUGUGGCGAGCCCGUGAAUCUGCCUUCGAGACAAUCAGGAUUUUAUCCAAUUCCCAAAAUAUUUUUGACAUCAAGUGGCACUCUUCAUUGCCCAUUUUUGCAACGGCUAGUCCCGAAGACCCCCACCAGGCACGAAUCAAAGGCAUCGGUACCGCCAUAAAAUCUCUUGUGAGAGUUUUCAGCCUUAAUUACGAUCUUCAAAAGCGUGUGCCGUCGGUCAUGGAAUUCUCCUGUCCAGCUUUGGAUGUCAAUGAAGUCAGUUUCUGUCCACUAGAUUCCAAUGGCACGUACAUCACGGCUAGUUGCACAGAUGGGAAAACCUAUGUUUGGGACAACCGGAAGGGUGAUAAAAUUCUUCAUGAACUUCGACAUGGAAAGUCCCUGAACCCACUCGAUGACCAACGAACCCGGGAGGCGGCAGAUGUGGGAGUCAGGGUAGCUCUCUGGGGUUCGUCCCUAGACCAAUUCUACACCGGUGCCUCUGAUGGUGUUCUCAAGCGAUGGGAUAUUCGCCGAUCGCCGGAAGAUGUCCUUGUUGAGAAUGUCGCUACUUUCGACGAGGAGAUAAUGUGCGCUGCCUUCACCGAGGAUCAUUCCCAUCUCCUCAUUGGGGGUUCUGGAGGAGGUGUGCAUGUGCUGUCAUCAGGAACUUGUUCGGAUCCUAACAGAACAAGUUUUGACUUUGAACACGCUCCAGAACCCGAAAAUCCUGCUGAAAGUGGUGUCGCCGCAGGAACUGAACUCAUCUCAUCCGGUCAAGUUGUCGAACAUGAAGUAUUCGGCAUGGGUCAAGGUCCAUCCUAUACAGGGCCAUUUGCUUCAUGGGCUCGGGACGUCGGAAAAGACGUUUCCGCGGAUCGAAUCGGGGAACUUCCUUUGCUGAAAGAGUAUCAAGACCAGCAACUAGACGGACCACCCCCAGAAGAUCGCCAUGACCUCGAUGUCAAUCAACGACGAGAAUUAGCAAGACAAAUUCAAAUUGCAGCGAUACGAAAUCGAGGUUCAAGGAAGAGAAAACGCCCGAUGCCUGAUGAUGCUUCUAGUGUCCCCCUCCGAGGCCCCACGCCUUUGUCUUCCUUUGACUAUUACCGCUUAGAGAAGGAGAGGCGGAGAAGGAAAAAAGCUGAGAGGAGAGAAGUGAAAAAAGAAGCGAAGCGAGAAGAUAACGGACAAGAUAAAGUGAGAACGAAGACUCGGAAGAAGAAAGUUCGAAAGACUCCGCGUCCAAUAAUCAGCAACACCGAAAACGUUGAUCUCACGCUAUUGGAUUCGGAUACAGAAACGGAGCUGAGAAGUCGAUAUAGGUUCGAUCUCGAUGAGCUUCUCGAGGUUCUCGAGGAAGAUAACUGGUUCCCAGCCAGUGGAGAAAUCAAUCCUAACUUCCAAGAUGAGAUCGUCUGA